AUGACCACACCUACAAGAACACAAGCUUACGUAGCCCGACCACCAAAACAAGAAGGACAAACAAACAUCCAGCUGGAAGAUGUCACCUACAAACCCCUCGGACCCACCGAGCUCCUAGUCGAAAUCGCAGCCGCGUCCAUUUGCCACACGGAUAUCAAAGCUGCACAAGGCAACUUCCAUAUGAAGCCUCCCUUCAUCAUAGGCCACGAAGCGGCCGGGACUGUCGAAGCUGUUGGCGAUAAAGUCUCCUACGUCCAAUGUGGCGACAAAGUGGCCCUAUCCUAUUCCCAUUGCCAAAAAUGUCGAUUUUGCUUGACGGGGCGACAAGCCUACUGCGAGGAGAUCUUCCCCCUCAACUUCGGAGGCCAAAGGGAUAAUGGAUCUUCCGUUGUCCAAGACACAGCAGAAGGAACAGGGAGUGUAAAAGGCCUCUUCUUCGGCCAAUCUUCCAUGAGCCGUCUCGCCAUUGUUAGGGAAAGUUGUGCAGUCAAAUUACCACCCACCACAACAAAAGACGACCUAACCCUCUUCGCCUCCCUCGGCUGCGGACACCAAACAGGCGCCGGCGCAAUUCUCAACGUCGCUCGACCUCCACCCGGUAGUAGGAUCGUUGUCUUCGGAGCCGGAGCCGUGGGUUUGAGCGCCAUCAUGGCUGCGAAACUUUCCACCCCAGAGCUUCUGGUGCUCGUCGACAAUUCCCAGACAAAACUCGACAUGAUCGCCAAAGAGAUCGUACAGGAUGUAGCGAUUGUCAACUGCGCCUCGCUCUGGAACGAGGGAGAGCUGGCUACCUUCAUUAAAGACCUCACGCCCGAUGGGAGGGGUGUGGAUUUUGUGGUUGAGUGUACUGGGAAUGAAGCUGUGAAUGUUGAGGCUCAUGAGUGUUUGGAUAAGUUAGGAACACUGGUGAAUGUUGGAUCGAGCGCGGGGGCGAAGGCUGGGUACGAAAUUGGGAAGCAGCUUGUCAAGGGGGUUACGGUUAGGGGAACGCAUCAGGGAGAUUCAGUCCCGAGGGUGAUGGUUCCGAGGAUGGUUGAAAUGUGGCGGGCUGGGAGGUUUCCUUUCGAUCGAUUGCUCACGAGGUACGGGUUCGAGGAUCUGGACAAGGCGUUGCGGGAUUUGGGGGAGGGAAAGAUUGUCAAGCCGGUUUUGGUACUGUGA